GUACAUAACUUCCGAUGCUGAUUCCUCUGAUGUACCAUUUCUUCACUGUACAUAUCAUUCAAUGCACUUCCUUCAUUCUAUGCUGUGCAGGUCGUUGCGAUGCGAAGCACGCAGUCAAUGUCUGACCAUGUGACCGUUUGUGACCAUGGUCCACCAACACUGCAUCAGGCGACCUCAACAAUUCCCGUCCCGUCCCUCUCUCAAAAAGCGCUCAGCAACGCCGCCAGUAUUGACAACGUAGCAUCCAGAGGCCCAGUAAUCGUUCCCGGAAGUUCCCCUGGACCAUGCAAGUCCAACAACAACAACAACCCUCGUCCACUCAGCACGCUUUACCAUCACUUCAAAGCAUCACCCUUCCUACAUCGUCAUCCAAGUCUCCCUUCUUUGUCGUUCCAGCAGUACCCCAUUUGCAGCAGCCUACUACCUCCAGACCCCAAGCCAAGCCAUCUUUUACAAUCCCUCACCCAAACCCAGUAAAGCCAGAACAGACCCCUCCAUCCCCAAACAUCUUCACCUACAAAGCCCCAGCGCACAAACAUGCCCACCAUCUUCAUAGCAUACCUCCAAAGGAGAAGACAGUCCAGACUUUGAUUCUUGAUCAUAUGUUAUGGCUGCAUUCACGCACUCGUUUCAACCAGGUCAGAUCUGAGCUGGGAAUGCAGACUGGGUCCCCAGAAGGUCCAACCGAAAAGGACGUCACUGAAACUGAUGAUGAACUUGCUCGCGAGCUACUUUUUGGGUUAACCGGGGACGACCGGUAUAAAGGCCUCAGUGCUGAUGCGAACCGGUAUGUACCAAAUGUGGACAUUGAGACCGCAAAAGUUCAAAGGGCGAACGCAGAAGGAAUGGAGAAGGUUCUUACUUCCUUACUCACCCAGCGGUCCGUUGGUUCUCGUCACACUCACGAAGUGAAUCCUGGAGUUCCGGGGGUGUUACCAAAUGGGGUUAGGAUCAGAAUUGUGCUUUCUGCUCUUGUCAACGACCUGUUCGCACGCGAUCAGCACCUUUUUGGCCCCGAUGAGCAACCAGAGAACGUGCUUUCAGGGUUGUCAAGUGAUUUGUCGCCCAUGUCCAUUGCAUCAAUCGUAGCCAGCGGCACCGCUUCCUCCACUGAAUUGCGCUGGGCCCAAAUGGAUUUUGAACCGUCGCCAGGCGUUCCCAUUUCCCUCGCCCCCCUCACCCCGAUCUCGUCCUUUCAGCAAACUAGGGUCAAGUCCAGCCUUGCCUCGGAAUCGAAGUCAGGUGGACCUCCAGCGCGAUCUAUUUUUUCCUCGAUUCCUCGUGGGGCCGGUAUGGAGUCUCCAUGGGCUCUUGGAUCAUUGAACAGUCUAUCUGCAAGGGGACCCGAGUCGGCAUCGGCAUCCCACUUCGUUUCUAGCCUGCCCUUUGCUUCAUCAUCCUCAGGGUCGCAUGCAAGCCGAGGCCCUCGAGUGCGCAAAGCUGUCGGGCGUUCUCGGGAUUUGUACAAUUCUGGAAUUCGAAGGUGUUGGCCCAUUUGUGCAAGUCACCUGACGGAUUUUGAUGAAUGUCCACCUGAGUGCCUUCACGCAGAGGCCUAUGCAGCGGACAAGAAUGGUCUUCUUACACUAUUAAUUCAAAGAAGCCUGACCACGAUCGGUUCAGGGUUGCCGGACCCCUGCAUUCCAUUGCGCUCUGCUAUUCCUCAGUUUGUCCUCAACGACGUUAACGACAAGGGCGAACCAAAGGAACUCGCCAUUAGCGGAACACGGAUGGCUGCACUUUUGCCGCGAUUCCUCAGGCUAUCUGCCUUCGUCGCUCGAGAACUUGGUUGUGAGAUGCGUGAGCAGCGGCAGCAAUUCGCUGAUGUGAAGGCCGGGACUAUCAUACCUGCGGAGCCCUCUUCCUCCAACCCCACUUCUAUUGCUGGCAUUCCUUCCACCACUGGCGACGGGCGUCCCACCCGCAUCUGGUAUGCCUUACUGAGUGGUAUGGUCACUAGGGCCGCUUUAGAGGGAUACCUGGGACGUGGUUGGUUGGGGCCCGAUGCUCUUGAAAUCCUUUUUGGUAUUGGGGUAGGUGUGGACUGGGAAGAGGUUGUUGAGAAACCUGACGAAAAGGAUGUUUCCGCAAUGCGUGCCCGCUCGGGAUCGGCCUCAUCUGACGUGAAAUCCGUGGAGGAUGAUGGAGUCAGCCAGAAGCGAGGAUCGAUUGACACGUCACUUUCGGAAGCUUAUGCUGCCCAGUUUGAGCCCGAUGGCAUGCCUACGUUAGCCGAGGCCGCGAAAAUUCUCUUCAAACGUAGUAUUCCUACUGGCAUCGCGGGUACUCAGUCAGAGUUGAGUGUUAUCAACUCCUAUGCGAAUGGAUUCCAGACCACAUGUUUGGGAAACACACGCCCCAUUGACACUGAUCCUGAAUGGGCGGUUGAGAUGACUGAACGUGUCUCCGAGUUUGCCAGUGUGCACCAUACGACCGACCUUCACACGCAUUUGCUUGACCUUUCGAAGCGAUAUCCGGCUGAGCCUGUUGAACGUGCAGCUCUUCGAUUCUUGGAAGCCAUUGCUCAGUGGCGUGGUCUACCAGAAUUGGAACAGUACAAGGAACGUGUUCGAAAAGCCAAUACCGUUGCGACGCAGCCCUCGGCUUCUCUGGAGCGCCGCCGUGGUUCUCUGUCCAUUUCUUCUCUCGUGCACCCCACAGAGACAUCUGACCCGACCUUUGAGCCCAGCUCUUCCGCUAUCUCAUCCCAGUCAAAUACUCCCGUUACUUCUCCUGUCCUUAAAUAUUUUGUCGUCCCGAAGCAUGUCAUCGCUUCUCUCCCUCCUUAUCCCUCAAAAAAACGCGUGCGCGAUGAAGGCCCUGAGGCUGAAGCAAAGCGAUUAAAAACCCCUCGUGUAGGUGCAUCAUCAUCUGCAACCGCUGCAGCUAAUACAUCUCUACCUGGAAUCCUAUCUGCACCUGCAAACCCUCUGGCUGAAUCUUCCUGGACUGGGCCUACGGUGUUUAAUAGGAAACAUAAUUUCCUGUCUCCUCCCGAUGUACAUGUAUAUAACCUCAGUUGAAAAU